AUGUGGAGCAGCCCCCAUCCGUCCCAGUUGAGACUCAGACCUGAUUCGUCGUCUCAGCAGCACCCGCAAACGCAGCAGACGCACCAAACCGCCGAACCCUACACUCCAUCACCUCCCUCCCCAUCAGAGGCGGACGUGCACGGCCAAACCGGGGUAUUUGGCCCUCCCAUCGUCGCCCGAUCGUAUGGGCGUCCCGUCGUCGUCGAGGGUCCCUACCGCCGCGUUCCCAGCCAACCCCCUCUGCCCGCCUACCACCCGCCCACAAUGAAUCCCCCGAUGGCGACCGACUUCCGGGACGACCUGGCCCGGAUCGAGGGUGUCAUCACUCCUGGUGUCGACAACACCCCUUUUAUCCAGUACGCCAUUGAGGCGCUCCACCGGGACCGGGACCGGGACACCGGCUAUUCUAUCGACGCCUCCGGCAGUGGGAGUUCGUCCUCCGGUCUUCUCCUUGCCCCGGGCCAUCGCCCUGAGUCCUACCAACCGAGACCCGCCGAUCAACAACCCCCUGCCCCCGCCCCUUUACCAUCUCGCCCCGCGGUUGCCCAUCCGCAUGACGAGGACCCUCACCAGCUACCGCGCCCCUUUAUCCCAGGCGCUCGAGAGUCGGCCCAUUCUCUGGCUGAAAGCCUACUGAAGAAGGGGCCGCGUCCCGCCCAGCCCCACGAAUGGCGACCCGUCGGAAAGGACGAGCUCCUCACCAGCGCCGCCGAUGUGCCCCUCCUAAACUUCAGACCGUGGCCGCUGCGGGCGCCAGCUUUGUUUGUUUUCAUGACCCUGUGCGUACUCAUGAUCGGCGCUCUUAUCCUGAGCGCCGUCUAUUCGCAUCUCCACCAUGGCCUACUCGAGUGGGCCACCAUACACGGCGGGCGGUUCUUUCUGUUCCGUGUUCUACCGCAGCUGAUAGGGGCAUGUGUGCUCCUCUAUGCGCAGUUCCUGGUCACAACCAUGUUCCGGAUGCUGCCAUUUGUGAGGCUGGCAUCCGAGGCGCAAGAAGAGCGGGAAGGCGCCCUCUUUCAGGAGCUGUACCCGUCGUUCCUUUGGCCGCGGUUGGUCGGCCCGUGGAACGUUUGGGUCCCUACCCUCGUUACUUGGCUGAUGAGCUUUACGAUCCCCCUUCAGAGCUCGCUCUUCACCCCUAUCCUGGUGGAUGGCACUUGGGUAUGGGCUACCGUCCAAGGCGUGGCCUGGACCCUUGUGGCACUCUACUUGGCCUUGUUGGCCUCUACCAUUAUCGUUUGGCGGUACUGGGCCGGCUUGGAGAACACCGGGCUUAUCUGGGACCCUCGCUCCCUCGCCGACAUCGCGGCGCUCGUCUCCGAGACCAACACGGCCGACGACUACCGCGGCACCCAGCUAGCGCGCGGGCGUGAUGGCAUCCGGUUCGCUCUGCGCCACCGCGCCGCCGACAGGCUGUGCUACUGGACUUGGAAAGACGGCCGCCAUGGUGUCUGGCACACGCUCGGCAGUGCGAUGGAUGAAGCCAACUCGCUCCUACCCACCGCCGACCGCGCGGGUGGCCAGCGCAUGCAGCGCCACAACGAGAAGCAGCCCUACCGCGACGCUGAAGCCGAGGUAGACGCAGACGCGGACCUCGAAGCCUCCCCCACCAAUACCAUCGCCCACCGCAGGUACCUCCCCUUCGCUCUGCGUACUUCGCCUCUCCUCUUUGCAACCCUUACGGCGGGCGCUAUUUUCGUGGCCAUUCUCCCCCUCGAUAUGCACCUGCGCGUCCUCCAACCCUGGGCCGCCCUCACUGCCACCCCCAACGGCGCCGCGGCCGAAGUCUCCCUCCUCGCCGACUAUGCCGCCUGUGCGCCGGGCGAGGUUACCUUGUGCGCUCUGCGCGACGGCCACUGGCGUGUCGCCGCCGUCUCCCUUGCCGGGUCUCUGUCCGUGAUGAUCCCCGUGCUAGGCGGUGCCAGCUUCAUGGCGCUGACGACGUCAAUGGGCAAUGGCGAGGGCGAGGUGCGCAUGUUCGCCAACAUGCCCGCCUUUGGCGUCAUGCUUGGUUUUCUACUGAUGUACGUCGCCGCCCUGGCCUCCCUGUUGCCCGCGCGUAAGGCGCUGCGCAUGCCCCAUGGGGUUACUUGCCUGGCGGAGGUGCUGGGCUACUUGGUCGGUGCUGAAAUCAGAGAGGAGGCCGCCUUUAAGCGCUGUGUUAGUCGCCGCGAGAUGGCGGGGCGGAUGGGUGUGGGACGGGGCCUGCCUGCCGCCAUGCAGUCGAGGUGGAUGUUUGGGUUUGAAGAGGGCGCUGCUGGCAGUGCGGAUGGAGAGUUGGGGGUGAGGAGAGUGAGGCGGUUUACGGAGAAGAGGAAAGUAAGGAAGAGCCAAAUCCGGCGGCCCUUUGUGUGA